CAGCCAGUAGAGUUCGUAGCGUUCGUAGAGUCGACAUAGUAAACAACAUGGCGCCGAAGGCGAGGUUUCAAGACGGGGAGAAAGUUCUGUGCUUCCACGGUCCACUGCUCUACGAGGCCAAGUGCAUCAAGGCCCAGGUGAAGGAUAAGCAAACCAAGUACUUCAUUCACUACAGCGGAUGGAACAAGAAUUGGGACGAAUGGGUGCCUGAAAGCAGAGUGCUCAAAUUCAAUGAUGUGAACCUUCAGAAGCAGAAGGAACUUGAAAAAGCGCACCUGUCCUCAGCCUCGCAAUCGCACUCUGCCCCAAAAAACAAGAAAAAUAAGGCAGUGAAACCUAAAAAGGAAGCAGAAAAGGAGCGAUCGUCGACUCCCUCCCAGGAGAAGCCCCAGAAACAGAAGGCAGCAGCAAGUGGAACGACGGGCACAUCGACUCAAUCGACCCCCGCUUCGAGCCAGACCCAAGAAACGGGGACCGAAAGCCACCGGAAAAAACGCAGCCGGCUCGACCCACACGUAGAGUCCGAAGAGGCCUUCCUCUCGAGGGUAGAGAUCAAAGUCCGCAUUCCGGAUGAGCUCAAGCCGUGGCUCGUCGACGACUGGGACCUAAUAACACGCCAGAAGAAGCUGGUGCAGUUACCGUGCAAUGUCACCGUGGACCACAUCCUUGCCGAUUACGUCAAACAAAAGACUUCUGUCAAAGGCAUCUCUUCUAACAAGGAAAGUGCUGUGAUUGAAGUGACUAAUGGCCUGAAAGAGUACUUCAAUGUGAUGCUGGGGAGCCAACUCCUUUACAAGUUUGAAAGGCCCCAGUAUGCAGAUGUCCUGAACGAACGCCCAGAAACCCCAAUGUCACAGAUCUACGGCGCAAUCCAUCUGCUAAGGCUCUUUGUAAAGCUGGGCAGCAUGCUUGCCUACACCCCCCUGGACGAGAAGAGCACUCAGCUUCUCUUGAACCACAUUCACGACUUCCUCAAGUACAUGGCACGGAACUCCCAACUCUUCAGUCUCAGUGACUACUCUGUUGCGCCCCCAGACUAUCAACGAAAAGCCAUCUAGGCGACGGCGCAUUUAGGACGUGGCACAACCAACGUUUUAGAUACCACGUAAAAUGCAGGUGACCGUACCCUGCAGAUUACCGGUUGUGCGAGCUAACUGAGAAAAUGCGGCUGUCGCCUCGACCAUUCCCACAUCAUUUAGGCAGGCUUCAACCCGUAAGGGGUAGACGCCAUUUCCGACAGAUCUCGAAACGUUUGCCCCGCAAUUUCUGUAAGCUUUCUGUCGAAAUUUAUUUUCAGUGUAGAGUUGUGCAGAUUCGCACAUCCGAAAAAAUAGAUUGUGCUAUAGUGAAAGCAUUUGAAAAAGCUGGGUUAAGUCAAAGAAAAAAAAAGUUGAGUGAGACCACCUUUUUUUCUUCUUUUUGGUCAUUGGGGUGACGAUGUUGUGUGGUAAUUUUUUCGUAGGACCUUUUUGAAUGAACAACUGAAUGUGGAUGGUGACUCUGAGUUUCGACUGUACAUGUGUUGGACAGUAUGUAAUAAAAGGAAAUCCUUUUGUA